CGCUGAUUGAGGCGAGGAACUGGAGAGGAGAGCGGCGAGGCCGGCGGCGGCUGCUGGAGGGUGCGGGGUGGUGUCGGGGGCCGGCUCCGGCGUGGUGGAUGUCUCUCUUGGGCAGGGAUCUGGAGGGAGUGCGAGUUACAGGUAGAGUGGACGGCUGGUAAAAAUACACAUGAAGAACAAGAGCCCCGUGCUGGACGCUCGCCUGAAGCACCGAGUAAAACAGUACCUCAGUAACAGCAACAGUCAGUAUGUGGACAUCGGCGUUCUGGCCACUGACCUCCAGCGUCAGUACAGCAUGGAUUACGGACGCAGGAAGAGGAACGUCUUUCGGAUCCAGGUGGAGAAGGUGUACCAAUUGAUCAGCAGCGAAGCCCUGGACUUUGAAGAGGAGCAUCUCACCAAACGGGCCCGUCAGAGUCGUGAUGACCAUGGGUCAGAGGUGAUCAUUGACUCAUCGGACAGUGAGAGUUUUCCAGAAUACCCGAAGACAAACGACAUGAACACGUCCCUGCUGAGCCUUUACCGGAAGACAGACGGGGAUCACAGUCCUGCUUCGAUAAGCAACAGCACGUUGGGGCGUUCAGCUGCACCGGCAACUGGAUGGUUGCGAAGGACCUUGGGUGACACAGAGAUCUCCCCAGGGGGCUGGUUCAUCGACCGAACACCAGGGAGAGUUUCCACCCAUGGGGAGACUCAGUACAGCCUGCAGAGCAUAUACCAAUAUGGGAUGAUCAAAAAUGGCAGUGAUGAAGAAUACAACCACAUAAAAAACACGCAUGCUCCGGAACCACCCAAUGGGAAAAAACUCCUAACUCUAAACCAUCCACCCACACCCGGGAGCCCGAAAAAGGGAGCGGGAGCGGGAGGCUCUGGGCUGGAACCACAGAAGAAGAGUCGGCGCAGUGGGAGUCGACGGAUCAGAGGCCAGCACCAGGGACAGGAGACCCCACAUGGUGUGGAUGGGACGAUAGAGGCCGCCGUACUGGACAGGGCAGCCAGGAAGCGAGGUUUUGAGGCACAGCACCCAGCGCUGAAGUUUGAGGACAUCGGUGGCAGCGAUGCAACCCUGAAGGAGGUGUGCGAACUGCUCAUCCAUCUGAGACACCCGGAGGUGUACGAGCAGCUGGGGGUGCAGCCUCCCCGUGGGUUCCUGUUGCAUGGGCCUCCGGGCUGUGGGAAGUCUCUGCUGGCACAGGCCAUUGCUGGGGAGCUGGAACUGCCCCUGCUGAAGGUGGUGGCCACAGAGAUCGUGUCUGGUGUGUCCGGAGAGUCAGAGCAGAAGUUGCGGGAGCUGUUUGAAGAGGCCGUGCUCCAGGCUCCGUGUAUCAUCUUCAUUGACGAGAUCGACGCCAUCUCACCCAAGCGGGAGUUUGCCUCAAAGGACAUGGAGCGACGAAUUGUGGCUCAGAUGCUCGCCUGCCUGGACAAUUUGAACGCCAUGGCUGUCUCCACACAGGUUCUGGUCAUCGGUGCCACCAACCGACCGGACUCUUUGGACCCGGCACUCCGAAGGGCUGGCCGGUUUGACCGGGAAAUCUGCCUGGGCAUUCCCAGCGAGGGAGCACGGGAGCAGAUUCUGCGGACCUUGUGCCGGAAGCUGAGACUGUCAGAGUCGUUUGAUUUUCAGGAGCUGGCCCGCUUGACGCCAGGGUACGUGGGAGCUGAUCUCAUGGCUCUGUGCCGUGAGGCAGCCAUCAGCGCCGUCAACCGCGUACUGAUCCAGCACAAGGAGCUCGAGUCCCAGGGAUCUGAUAUGGGACAGAACAGCACGGGGCAGUUGCAGGAGACUGAGAUGGGUAAGCUGCAGCGGUUACGGGCUGUGCUCAGGGACACGGCUCCUCUGCCAGACCAGGAUCUGCAGGAGCUACGGAUAGAGAUGAUGGAUUUCACCGGCUCCCUGUCAGUGGUUCAGCCUUCUGCCAAGCGGGAGGGCUUUGCCACUGUGCCGGAUGUGACCUGGGCCGAUAUUGGAGCGCUGGAGGAGAUCCGUGAGGAACUGACCAUGGCCAUUCUGGCCCCUCUCCGACAUUCGGAGCAGUUCCAGGUGCUCGGGUUGUCGAGCCCGGCUGGCGUGCUGCUGGCUGGGCCACCGGGCUGCGGGAAGACCCUGCUGGCCAAGGCAGUGGCCAAUGAGUCCGGACUGAACUUCAUCUCAGUGAAAGGGCCCGAGCUGCUAAACAUGUACGUGGGUGAAAGCGAACGAGCCGUGCGCCAGGUUUUCCAGCGGGCCCGAAACUCCGCCCCCUGCGUCAUCUUCUUCGACGAGCUCGACUCGCUUUGUCCGCGGAGGUCGGAGAAUGAGUCUGGAGCCAGUGUUCGGGUGGUGAACCAACUGCUGACCGAGAUGGAUGGACUGGAGAGCAGGAGACAAGUCUUCAUCAUGGCUGCCACCAAUCGCCCUGAUAUCAUCGACCCUGCCGUGCUGCGGCCGGGCCGCUUGGACAAGACACUGUACGUGGGGUUACCCCCGGCCGCUGACCGCCUCGCCAUUCUCCGUACUUUGACCAAGGAUGGGACUCGCCCUCCCAUGGAUCCUGACGUCGAUCUCUGUGCGAUCGCAAGUGACCAACGCUGUGACUGCUUCACUGGGGCUGACCUGUCGGCACUGGUGCGGGAAGCAUCCAUUAAUGCUCUGAGGCAGCAGCUCGUGGAGCCAGCCACUUGUCCGAAACUGCAAGUGACACGGCAACAUUUCGAAGCAGCUUUUGAGAAAGUCAAGCCUUCUGUCUCCAAAAAGGAUCAGCUGAUGUACAAGCAGCUGCGACAGUCCCUCAGUCGGUGAGAAGAAUUGAUGUUGUGGUGUUGGUGAGGCCCCUGUUGUUGCCUUUGCUGGAGUAGCCCUUACAAGCUUGGACUCUGAGGAUGGGCCCCAAAGUAAAUGCCAUUAAAAAUACCAAACUCCUCUUUCCCCAUUAAAUAAUGGCACCAGGAUUGAAGACCUGUUUGGAUCUGGUUUUGGAAGUGUCUAAACUUUGUUUCUCUGGGCACAAACUUAGGAGUGGGUGUUUGUAAUUAAGGGGGUAUUUGGAUUUAAAUUUGUGAUGGGCUAAAGAGGAAAUUCAUAGACAAGAUGAAUUUUGCCAAACCUGGGGGGAGGGGGGAAAACGAGCUAUGAUGGUACAACACAUAACUGAACGCUGCGGAAACCUUCCCGAUUCACUCUCUCCCACUGUGGGGAGCUUGCACUGUUUUAAGAGUGAGAUAACUUCAGUGCAAACUCGUGAAGUGUAGGCCCAGCUCAAAACACAAUGGGCCAAAGGACCCAAACCAUGUUGUACUGUUCUAAAAAGUGUAAUCGUGCUUGAACAUCUCUGUUGGCACCAUCUAACCUGGUCUGCUCUUGCUAUUCAAACACAACUAAGGUGGAGAUCUGCUGUCAGCAGAAUUGGGCCCAAUUUGUUGAUUACUUUGUGUUAUUGCAGCUGCUCAUAUUUUGGCAGCACUGCAGGUACUGAAUUGCUAUUAUCUCACCAUCAGCUGAUAAGAUGGCAGUUUCACUUUGGUUGAAGAAUUUCUUUAAUUACUCUUAUGCUUCAAGUUUUAUUUUUAAUGUUUGUAGCUGGGCUAGCAGCAUGCUGGGGUUAUCCUCAGUGCUUAAGUGCCAUUUUCCCCUCCUUCCUGAGCUUAAAGUGGAGGAGUUGCUUUGUAACAGUACGAACUGUAGUGAGGUUCAUCUGAAUCAGUGCCAAGAGCUGGGCAUGCUGCAGCCAUCACUUUCUCUCGGCCACUGUGAACAUCUGCUGUGGAGCUUCAAGAGCCCAGUCGCAGAAGCCAGAUUAAAGUUUCACUGGAGAAAAAGACUUAACUGCUGGGAUCUAGCAUGUAAUGAUCAAGUCCUAGCUGCUGAUGAAAGUUCCAUUGUAUUUGGAAAUCCUGAUGGUUUAGUGCUUUUAGCUGCUUUAACCUCAGGGGAAAAUUACUGUAACAUCUAUGUGAAUUAGAAAGAAAUACAAUUGUGAAAAACUAAAACACUGUACAAUAUUUUGUGCUGUACUUUCUACAAUAUCAACUCUUAAAGGCCAUGACUGCCACACAAUCUAUACUUUGUACUGUUUGUGAAUUCAUCUAUUAGCGAGGGAUCAACCUAUUUUUUCCAUUUCCUUUUUAACUUCAGACAGCCUAACAUUACAACUGAAAGAUUAGUAUUGAGAUCAAGACCAUAACCAUAAGACCAAGGAGCAGAAGUAGGCCAUUCGGCCCAUCGAGUCUGCUCCGCCAUUUUAUCAUGAGCUGAUCCAUUCUCCCAUUUAGUCCCACUCCCCCGCCUUCUCACCACAACCUUUGAUGCCCUAGCUACUCAGAUACCUAUCAAUCUCUGCCUUAAAUACACCCAAUGACUUGGCCUCUACUGCUGCCCGUGGCAACAAAUUCCAUAGAUUCACCACCCUCUGACUAAAAAAAUUUCUUUGCAUUUCUGUUCUGAAAGGGCGCCCUUCAAUCUUUAAGUCAUGCCCUCUCGUACUAGACUCCCCCAUCAUGGGAAACAACUUUGCCACAUCCACUCUGUCCAUGCCUUUCAACAUGCAAAAUGUUUCUAUGAGGUCUCCCCUCAUUCUUCUAAACUCCAAGGAAUACAGUCCAAGAGCGGACAAACGUUCCUCAUAUGCUAACCUUCUCAUUCCUGGAAUUAUUCUAGUGAAUCUUCUCUUGUACCCUCUCCAAGGUCAGCAAAUCCUUUCUUAAAUAAGACCAAAACUGCCCACAGUACUCCAAGUGAGGUCUCACCAGCGCCUUAUAGAGCCUCAACAUCACAUCCCUGCUCCUAUACUCUAUUCCUCUAGAAAUGAAUGCCAACAUUGCAUUCGCCUUCUUCACUACCGACUCAACCUGGAGGUUAACUUUAAGGGAAUCCUGUACGAGGACUCCCAAGUCCCGCUGCAUCUCAGAACUUUGAAUUCUUUCUCCAUUUAAAUAAUAGUCUGCCCGUCUAUUUUUUCUGCCAAAGUGCAUAACCAUAAACUUUCCAACAUUGUACUUCAUUUGCCACAUCUCUGCCCAUUCUUCCAAUCUAUCCAAGUCUCUCUGCAGACUCUCCGUUUCCUCAGCACAACCGGCCCCUCCACCUAUCUUCGUAUCGUCAGCAAACUUAGUCACAAAGCCAUCUAUUCCAUAAUCCAAAUUGUUGAUGUACAAUGUAAAAAGAAGCAGUCCCAACACUGAUCCCUGUGGAACACCACUGAUAACCGGCAGCCAACCAGAAUAGGAUCCCUUUAUUCCCACUCUCUGUUUCCUGCCAAUCAGCCAACGCUCUAUCCAUGUAACUUUCCCGUAAUUCCAUGGGCUCUUAUCUUGUUAAGUAGCCUCAUGUGUGGCACCUUGUCAAAGGCCUUCUGAAAAUCCAAAUAUACAACAUCCACUGCAUUUCCCUUGUCUAGCCUGCUGGUAAUUUCCUCAAAAAAUUGCAAUAGGUUUGUCAAGCAGGAUUUUCCUUUAAGGAAUCCACGCUGAGUUCUGCUUAUCUUGUCAUAUGCCUCCAGGUACUCUGUAACCUCAUCCUUGACAAUCGACUCCAACAAUUUCCCAACCACCGAUGUCAAGCUAACAGGUCUAUAAUUUCCUUUUUGCUUCCUUGCCCCCUUCUUAAAUAUCAAGCUAGGCCUUUUAUCAAUGUCACUGGAUUGGAAGUUUCCUAUAGAUUUUAGUGAGGUUAACUAAUAGAAGCUUUGAAGGAUAGAGUACAAAUAACCCAGGAGUUGUAUUUGACUGAUGUAGUGAUGGUCAGUAUUCACUAGAAUGCUGCAAUCCCAAUAGUGAGUUAAAAAAAAAACAUUUGAUCAUGGAAGGAUUUCUUCUGCAAGUUAUGUGCAGAUUACAUCUACAUCCAGAUCCUGCUUCCUUCCCCCUGACCAGGAUGCCAAGUUUACAGCAGUAAUGGACAAACACCUGCCAUUGCACAGGGAGGUUUCACUUUAUAACAAAGUGAAGCACCACUGCUGAGGAACAGUGGGUCAGUGACCGAGUGAGGGGCUCAGCCCAUUUCCUGCUGUUUCUUCCUCCAGCAGUUUUUGCUCUCCGUUCCAGAAGAGUAUACAGCAUGGAAAAAGUCCCUUCAAACCAACUGGUCCAUGCCAACCACAGUAUCUGCCCAGUUAAUUCCAGUUGCCUGCAUUUAGCCCAUAACCCAAGGAUCUCCCCUCCAUGUACCUAUCCAACUGCCUCAAGGCUUGGAAAUGUGCCAAUCUCACUACUUCCUCUUUACCUGUGAAGUACCUCGUGUCUCUUAAUUCUCUUCCCUCCAAUUCUCUGCCUGCUGAUUUUGGGCUUUGACCCUGGGGAAAAGACUAUGAUCACCAUACCCUUCAUCUCAUCCUCCAAGAAAUAAAGAUCUAUUGUGAUCAACUCAAAUUCAUUCUGCCUCCUUUUCAGCUUGUCUUUUCUAUAAAUGACAAAAACUGUACAAUACUCCCAGUAACACAUCCCUACUCCUGAACUCAAUAUCCUGGUUAAUGCUUCACCUCCUCCUACUUGCACAGCCCGUCAGCAAAUUGUGCAUUUGUACUCCCAGCUUCCUGUUGUCAGGGGCCAACAAUGAAGCAAUUAUCUGUAUAAUGCCCUCUGCAGUUUCUUCCCUAGCCUCCUGAGGUCUGGGAAUGCAACUGGUCAGACCCUAUGCAUUUUCCCAGCCCAGUGCAAUGCAAUUCAAGUCUGCAAAUACCUCCUGCCUCCAUAUGCAUGUAUCCAAUCUCUAAUCAUUUUACUAUUAUAACUGAAGAAAUGAGAAUUAUUCAUUCCUGCUUGACAAAUCAGCCAGAGUUCACUGAACUUGUUAUCUCUCACUUCAGCCCAACAGGAACAUGCUGACCCUGGAUUCUUGCUUUGGCAGUUUUAAAAACCCACAUACCAACUCUUCUUUUGCCUGUAAAUAGUAGGCAUUUGACCCCAGCUAGAUCCCACCUAACAUAGAAACAUAGAAAAUAG